AGGCGACUUCAGGGUCCCUAAACCCACGACCAUGCGGGAACGGAACCACAUUAAAUUACCUCAGCGAGAAGUGUUUCUUUCGUCUACUCACUGUUGCACUCCAAGUGUCAGCCAUAUCAGCAUCACACUGAAAGAGCCCUUGGUCAUUGUCUAAGACUUGUAUACACGCUAGCGUGUUUGUGCUCCGUCGAAACGGUCCACGUCGGUAUCGGCAGUGACCAGUCUAAAUAAUUCCAUCAGACUACCCACAAAACACUUCCACCGCAUAGCUCACCACGUCAGUAUCAGAAUCGUACCGACGAUAUUGUCUUGGACGCAUCAAGAAGGGUAGAAAGUUAAAUUCACCCACAUCAUCUCGAUGUCAUCCCCACCACAAUCCCCAACGACAUCUCACCGCCGCAACCCCUCCAACAUCUCCACCUCCGCCCAGAACGCCCGCCGACGCUCAUACCAGCACAGCCGCCAGUCCUCCUCAUACCAAGACUUCUCACCCAUCGGAUCCCCGACCCAGCCUCAGUUUGAUGGCGAACACGACGUCCCUGCCGCUGGUAGUGGAAAUGGUCUGGGUAGUCUAGCAGACGAACUCGGCGAAUGGGACUCCGACGAAGAUGCCGUAGAGGACGAAACACAGAUUGCAAGCGAAGCGAACGAUUCCUCCAUCCUGGGGGCGGACAGGACAAAAGGUGACAUCCAAGGUCUAAAGCCAGGAAAUGCACAUCGGCGCAAUGAGAGCCUGUAUGAUGGCAGCGACUACGGCGACGAGGACGACCUGGAGGCGGACCAGAAUAUGAGCAAGGGUCUAGAGCGCCAGAUCGCAGAAGUAGAGAGUCUGGCACGACGCGGUCUCGAAGAAAACGGCAGCGCAAACGACGGUGUCGUGUCUCGCGUCACCGCAUCACUCCGUGACCUGGGCAGCCAGGCUGGCGUGGAGAGCAUCUAACGACAGCCCACACUGCCCUCGCAUCCCACAUAACCCACCAAACCCGUACCCUCACAUCCCUCACCUCGACCCUCUUCUCUCCGCUUGCACCGCCCCUCGAUGCAGACAUCCUCGCUGCUCUCAUUCC